AUGAGACGGCGCAACAGCAUGACGCAGUACCAAGACACCCUCGCGACGAUCCUGGACAAGCAAGCCGGCCAGAUGGACGAGAUGAAGGAGCAAGCGGCAAUGGAACGCCAAGACAGCAAGGACAUGAUGGCCAUGAUACAGAAACAGCUCCAGCACACGGUCGCCUGCACGAACGCUGCUACGGUCGUACUCCAGGGCAUCGACGCCAAGUCCAACCCGACGACGCCCGCACUGGCCGCGUAUCGGCCAGAGCGAGUGCCCAAGUUCAACGGGGCGGGCGGUGUGGCGGCAGCGUCGUACAUCCGCCAUGUGAACAACCUCGCCGAGCGAACGAUCAACACGGCACACCACCGCAGCGUCCUCCUCUUUGACUCGCUCGGACCGGCCGAGUACAACUGGGCCAAUCAAGUUUUCGACCAGUCCAAGUGGGAUCGGACCAACUUGAAGGACGACCAAUGGACCGAGUUCGUCGAGGCUUUCUACGAACGCUUCAUCGGGACCCGCGAGCAGAUCGACUCCCUCUUCGACGCAGUACAGCAAGAAGACGAGGGCGACGGGCUCGAGCGCCUCGACGACUACCUGGAUCGCGUCAUGGCCCUCGCACGCCUCACGGGCCGGGACCAAGACGAGAGCCGCGUCAUCGAGAAGGCCAUCAGGGGCAUGAGAGACCACGCGGUGAAGGGCGCCAUUGUCGGCCUCCCCAACGACGGGCAGUGGGAGACCUUCAAGCGGGGCGUGCGCCUCGCGAUGAGUCGCCUCGACCCGGGCCCGUACACUCGAGCGGCACGUCCCCCGACCAUCGCCCCACGUGCUCGAGGAAACCCACGCCUCGUGCAUUCGAUCGACGAGGGGAACCAAGGAUGGAUCGACGACUCCGCCGCGAGCGCCCCAACGCAUGUGAACGUGAUGGCCGCUGCCGUCGGUGGGGCGAGCCCAGCUGCGCCGAGGCCGUGGACAUGUUACCACUGCUUCAAAACGGGCCACCGGCGCUUCGAGUGUCCUAAGAAGCGGGCGGAAGACGACGCUCGUGCCGCAGCGAGCCCGCCCGGCCUGUCGAUGAAAGACCUCGAACUCGCGAUCGCGGCCACCGUGCGUGCCUGUCUUGCCGACUUGCGACCGAAUACGCCGAGCCAAUCGGUCCCCAACACCGCAGAAGUUGCGGCCGUCGCCGAAGAGGAGCCGGAUUUUCGGUCGGAUCGGGGCUAA